AUGGCCUCCAAGAAGGCGGGAGCGGCUGCCGUGGCUUGCGCCGGCCUUGCCGGGCUGGGCUUCGUCGCCACGCCAGAUUCGGGAAAUCGACGCGUGCCGGCUGCAGAUGCCGCCAAGGCCUCUGCCAAGGUGGCAGCAUCUCCGGAAGCAGGCAGCGCCUUCACGGUGGGCGCGGCGGCAGCCACUGCCGCAGGUGCCGUGGCGGCGUCCACCCGACGCAAGACCCGAGCAAGCAGAGUCGCUGCCCGGGCCGAAGUGGGACCUGGCGAGAAGGUGGUGGGCAUUGACCUGGGCACCACCAACUCCGCAGUGGCGGCCAUGGAGGCCGGCGCCCCCACCAUCAUCCCCAACGCGGAGGGCGCACGCACCACGCCGAGCGUUGUGGCCUACUCCAAGAGCGGUGAGCUGCUGGUGGGGCAGAUCGCCAAGCGCCAGGCCGUUGUGAACCCAGAGAACACCUUCUACUCCGUGAAGCGCUUCGUCGGCCGCCAGCCGAACGAGGUGGGCGAAGAGCUGAAGGAGGUGUCCUACAAGGUGGAUUUUGAAGGCCAGAAGGUGAAGAUCGACUGCCCCGUCUUGAGCAAGAAGUUCGCGCCGGAGGAGGUCUCUGCGCAGGUGCUGCGCAAGCUUAGUGGUGAUGCCGGCACCUACUUGAGUGCCACCGUCCAGAAGGCAGUCGUGACCGUUCCCGCCUACUUCAACGACUCGCAGCGACAGGCCACGAAGGAUGCCGGUAAGAUUGCUGGUCUGGACGUGCUGAGAAUUGUGAACGAGCCGACUGCUGCCUCCUUGGCAUAUGGCUUGGAGAAGGCGAACAACGAGACGAUUUUGGUCUUCGACCUCGGGGGAGGAACCUUCGACGUGUCUGUGCUGGAGGUCGGCGACGGAGUCUGCGAGGUGCUCGCCACCAACGGCGACACCCACCUGGGCGGCGAUGACUUUGACAAGGUCAUCGUGGACUGGCUGGCGGAAGACUUCCAGAAGACCGAGGGCAUCGACCUCCUCAAGGACAGGCAGGCACUCCAGCGCCUGACCGAGGCUGCAGAGAAGGCCAAGAUUGAGCUCUCCGGUGUGCAGGAGGCCAAGAUUUCCCUGCCCUUCAUCACGGCCGAUUCCACCGGCCCCAAGCACAUCGAGCAGAGCUUGUCCCGUGCCAAGUUCGAGCAGCUCGCCAGCAAGCUCAUCGCUCGCUGCAGGACUCCAGUGGAGAAUGCUUUGAAGGAUUCCAAGAUGAGUGCCAGUGAGAUCAACGAGAUCGUGCUCGUGGGCGGCUCCACCCGAAUCCCUUCCAUCCAGACCCUGGCCUCAGAGCUUGUCGGCGGCAAGAAGCCCAACCAGAGCGUGAACCCGGACGAGGUCGUGGCUGUGGGUGCGGCAGUGCAGGCUGGUGUUCUGGCAGGUGAUGUGAAGGGCGAGCGGCAGUUCGCGAAGGACAACAAGAUUCUGGGAACCUUCCGCCUGGAUGGUGUGCCACCGGCACCCCGAGGCGUUCCCCAGAUCGAGGUGACCUUUGACAUCGAUGCCAACGGCAUCCUGAACGUCGGUGCGAAGGACCGUGGCACUGGCAAGGAGCAGACCAUCACCAUCGCUGGAUCCUCCACCCUGGACAAGACGGACGUCGACAAGAUGGUGCAGGAUGCCGAGGCCAACGCUGCGGAGGAUAACAAGCGCAAGGACGCCGUAGAGACCAAGAACAAUGCGGAGAGCCUGGUGUACCAGACCGAGAAGCAGCUGUCCGACCUGGGUGACAAGGUGCCCGCAGAUCUGAAGGCCAGCAUCGACCCCAAGCUGCAGGCCCUGAAGGACAAGGUCGCAGAGGCCGAGCCCGACACCGAGCUCCUCAAGACCAUGACCAAGGACCUCCAGGAGGAGCUGAUGAAGGUCGGCCAGGCGGCCUAUGCCAACACCGGCGCCGCAGCCGGGGCGCCCCCGCCCGGCGACGCCAAGGGCAAGGACGACGUCAUCGACGUGGACGGCCAGUAG